AUGAACCUGAGUCGGUCAAACAGCUUCCACCGCGCCAUUCUAUAAGGAAACUGUCCCUUGUGCAAUACUCUCCUGGAGGAGUCCAGCUGGCGCCUGAUCCGCCAUGUUGCCUAUGUGACCCUGCCCCGAGAAAUAGACCGCAAGUGGUUCUAUGACAACUACACGGGGUGUCCCCCUCCCUGGAUCAUGAUUACGUUCACCAUUGUGGAGGUCGCCAUCUUUGGGUACUAUGGUCUUCAUCUUGACCACUUCGUCCUGCAAGUGAUGCAUUCCCAGUACCUGAGGCAGAUCCCACUGGUCUAUCACCCGCAGCUUCGGGCGCAGGCAUGGCGCUACAUCUUCAUGCAUGCCAGCAUCUGGGGGGUAUACGUUGCGCUGCAGCUUCUGGAGGGUGCACUGGGGGUCGGCUUUGUGUACGUAGCCGGCAUCCUGGCAGGUGAGAGGUCACUCAGCCGUCCAUUAUUCAUGGUGGUGGGGGCAUCAGGCGGAUUGUAUGCCAUUGUGUUUGCCCACCGGGCCAAUAUGGUCAUGAUGAGCAACAGAAACCCAUCUGGAAUAGUAAUUGCCGCUUCUUGUGAUGCGGAGUGCUCAUCCCGCUGGCAGUGA